AUGCUCUACCCUUUUUCUAUCGUUAUUCUAGCUGCUUUAGCUUCGGCUUCCUGUGACGAUGAUAAUUGUCUUCGUGCCCUAAGGGCCACUCAAAUCCCAAGCCGGAUCGAAGCUGCGCAGUCUUUUUGUGCAACUUUCACUGGAACUUCCGUUGCUCCUACCGCUAUUCCUACUUAUGCUCUCGAUGCGUGUGAGCAAAAUCAGAAAGGCAAUCUCACAUAUAGGUUGGCAAGUGCCUGUAGUUGUAUCGCAGCGUCCACUACAGCAACUACCCCCACCCCAACAAAUCCCUGUGCUGUUGUGAGCGCUUUAGCAGCUUCGCAAAUUUCUACUGCGCGAACUCUGUCACCGUCGAUCCCUGCCAAAUUGGCCCAAGAAUGUUUCGACACUGUUCCGUUGCUCAAAGAUUCUGCAAUCGAGCUUAUAGAUUCUCUGGUGCCAUAUCUUGAGUGGCAGAGUGAUCUGGCAUGGCUAAAGGACCCUCCUACCGGCUAUUUCUACCCACCCCAUGAUGUCCUAGGAUCCCUCGCCGCGGUGAGGAAGAACGUCGAGGAUAAUGUCUACUCAGGUGAAAUUGCUUUUGAGCUGGAUCUUUACAGUGUCUUCGCAAAGGCACACGAUGGUCAUCUAGUAUUCAACCCCGAUGGUCUCGCCAAUGCCUUCCGGUGGGCCCGGCAACGAUCUUUGGUAUCGAUAAAGGAUGUUAUUUCAUCACCGUCCACCGCGUCGGCGGUAACCGAAAUUGACGGGAUUGAUGCUGCCACAUAUGUAGGGGAUUUUGCCUAUGAAUCAACUUUUAAUCAGGAUGUCGAUGCUGCGUACAAUACCAUGUUUUUCACUCCACAAUCUGUUGCUGGUCUUGCCUCAAAAUCAGGAUAUUUUGCUGGCGGUGGGCGUAGUCGGUUUAAAUACCCCGGGGAUAACACCACCUUCACGUUUGCAAAUGGUACGCUAUUAACUGUUGAGAAUAUUGCAUAUGUGGUGGGUAACUUCGCUGGGGUGACUGACGGCGAACUUUUCUCCAAGAGGUUUUGUACUGGGGCUUUCGAUAAUCCUCAAAAUGUCAGCGUACUACAGAAACCUAUCACCGCCGAAGAUCCUACAUCCAACCCUGAGCUCCCCUCGGGCAAGUCAUCUCAAUCUUCUCUCCCUGGAUAUCCUAAUCCAUCGUUGAUCGCCACUGAUAGUUCUAUCGGGGGUUAUUACUUAGCGGCUGCGGGCUUUGAGGAUGUCGCGGUCCUCAGCGUAUUAAACUUCGCCCCACAAGAUUCAAAGGAGUUUCAACAUAUAGCUGAAGAAUUCUGUAUCGAGGCUACAAAGGCAGGGAAGACCAAGCUCAUAAUCGACUUGAGUGCAAAUGGUGGAGGGCACAUCCUGCAGGGCUAUGACCUUUUCCGGCAAUUCUUUCCCGGAGUGGUACAAGAUGGCUACUCCCGACUGAGAGAUAGCGAUACGUUACUUGAAGCUGCAAAGAUAUUUUCGGGUGCUACGGGGGGCGACUUCGAUGCAACAACCUCAGGUGACGAGAAUUUGAUCUCCAUGGCUGAAAUCUUUUUAAAUUACCGUUACGACUACAAUAUCACCAACCAGCCCUUCCAAAGUUUUGAAGAAAAGUUCGGCCCGCAUGUGACUAAAGGGCAGGCUGACACCAAUCUUCUUAGGUGGAAUUUGGAUAAUCCACUUACGACCACGAAUUUGACCUUCGGUGUGGGCAUAGAGAUCACAGGAUACGGAACAAGAAAGAACUUCACUCAACCUUUCAAACCAGAAAAUAUCAUCAUGUUAACGGAUGGCUUUUGCGCAUCAACAUGUUCACUUUUCAGCGAAUUCAUGCGCCUCCAAGGUGGUGUCAAGGUUGUUACCCUAGGUGGCCGUCCCCAAGAUGGGCCAAUCCAAGCAGUGGGAGGGGUCAAAGGAGCUCAAACCCUAAAUUUCCAAACCAUAUAUUCGAUGGCGCAGCUAUCAAAAACCUACGCCAUUAAACAAACACCUCCAGAUUCGACUAAAGCUUUAAGCAAACUUUCUAUGGUACCAAUCAAUCGCUCAGUUGGUUGUAGUGUCAACAUCAGAGACCAACUCCUCCCUGAUAACGUCAACGAUGGCACUCCAGCACAAUUCGUAGCCGAGCUCGCGGACUGCAGGCUGUAUUAUACCUCGCCUAUGAUCAGCGAUGUGUCGAAAGUGUGGGAGGCGACUGCUAGCGCCGCAUUUAAAGGUGGGAAAUGUGCAGCUGGUGGGCUGCCGAAGAGGGACAUAGAGCCCAUUGUAGAGAGGUCGCCGGUUCCGGUUGAGGGAGAGAGGAAGAAGAUUAGACGAUCCCCUAAAGGUAUCAAGAAAGACCGUUUGUGGGAUGCUAGACAUGGAAAGAAGUUGGUCGCAUAA